AUGAACACUGCAGGCCCGACAAAGGACUUUGACCUCAUUCCUAUCCCAAAAAGGCUCCGCUAUGAUCCAACCCGAUCGUUCCCUGAGUUCGGGUUUGGACUCAGUCUCCCUUUCCCAUUUGCGUGUACUGUUAUUGUAGCGGAUCUGUACUACUUCUGCAGUAGUGAGAUCGUGGAGCUGACUUUGUUAUCAGUCCACUUCUCUGAGGAGUUCGGAAUUACCGCAAUCGCACUGAUUGCUCACGUCAUAACUAGAUAUGCUGUAGGCUUAUUCUUUAUUGCACCCCUAGAAGACCUCCUCCGCCGUCGCCAGCUGAUACUUGGGCUAGUUUUCUGCUCCACGACUCUGAUGCUCUGCAUUGCUCUAGUCCCUGACUGGGACGCAUUCCUUGCACUCUCCUUCCUAGCCGGAACAAUGAACGUCGCAACCCAAACGUCGUAUCUCCCUCCCUCCCGAAGGUUUUUUUUCUUAUCAAUCCUCAUCUCUGCGUUAGUCAUGGGGAUGCUUCUGGCACGGGUUCUUGCAGGAGUCAUAACCGAGUAUGCGAACUGGCGAGUGGUGUAUUACCUUGCGGUUGGCAUGCUGGUUAACUUUCUCGCAUCGGCAGGCUACUCAAACUUUUGGACCACGCUGACGUUUUUGUUGGGUGGUCCCCCGUAUAACUAUUCUCCGUUAGUCAUCGGCCUUUACGGGCUCGUGGGGAUAGCUGGCGUGUGCUUGACACCCCUUGUGACUUUAACGAUCGACAAGUUGCAUCCGUGGUAUGGAUCGGUCCUGGGUGCCAUACUUUAUGCUUGCUUCCAAGGUCUCUUGGUCGCCGCAGCCGUUCUCCAUUUUGCUUCGAUCCUCCUUGCUAUCAUUGGAAUAGUCGUAUUCUGCCGGGUGUUGCAAGUGUCCCUUCAAAUGUCUGUAUUUACCAUUUCCAAGGCUGCUACGAGCCGAUUGAAUGCUCUGCUCCUCUUGUCGAUAAUGGGUUCAUCUGUGGGCUCGCGCGUGUUUUUGGAGAGUAGAUGGAGGGCGGGAGCGGGGCUUUCGCUGGGAUGGACGGGUCUUGGUUUUUCACUGCUUCUCAUGCGUGGACCUCAUUGUGAGCGUAAAACGUGGUGUAAAUAUGAAGGUGGAUUUGGUGUGAGAAAUAGUGGUGAGGAGACAGGCAAGAAGGACUCGGCCGAAAAUGCGUAG